AAGCUAGCAAAUGCCUUGUUGGGACACUGGCCAGUGGAGAUGGUUGGUCCAAUGGUGCCAUCAAUGUUCUUGGACCAACAAAUAGAGGGAGACACAAAUUAUGGAGCCAGUCUCUGGAACCCAAUUGGUGACCAAUGCUUGGCAUGGCUAGACACUAAACCACCCAAAUCAGUGGUCUAUGUGUCCUUUGGAAGCAUGGCACAAAUUUCAGCAGAGCAAGUUGAAGAAAUAGCAUGGGCCUUGAAAGGGGUCAACAAACCCUUCCUAUGGGUACUGAAAGAGCCUGAACAUGAAAAGUUGCCAACUGAGUUCUCAAACUCAACAGAUCAGAUGGGCUUAGUCAUCGCAUGGUCUAACCAACUAGAUGUGCUGGCUCACCGAGCCGUGGGGUGCUUUGUGACUCACUGUGGAUGGAAUUCGACACUGGAAGGGCUAAGCCUUGGCGUGCCAAUGGUGGCGGUGCCGCAGUGGAGCGAUCAACCAAUGAAUGCCAAGUAUGUGGAGGAGGUGUGGAAGGUGGCAGUGAGAGCUAGAAAGGAUGGAGGAGUUGUGAGAAGAGAAGAGCUUGAGGUGUGCAUAAGGGAGGUCAUGGUUGGAGAGAGAAGUGACGAGAUUAGGAGAAAUGUGACCAUGUGGAGGGAACUUGCUAAGAGAGCAGUUAGUAGAGGUGGGAGCUCAGAUCAGAAUGUUAAUAAAUUUGUGCAAGUGUUGCUAACUGGAGAAAAGGGUAACAAGCAAGAAGUCGGCUUCGCCGAGAUGUGUGUUUUGUAUGCAUGUUAUGUCGGCUGUAAGGAUGUCGGCAAUUCCGAAGAUUAUGUUCCAUAAUUUGUAACUCAAGUGUUUUGUAUAUGUCAGCAAUUUUGAUGCUUAUGUAUUUCGAAUAUGUCGGCUUGUAAAGCCUUUUGUUAAGAUGUAAUAUGUAUUUUGUAUUUUAUUUUAUUUGUAUUCAAGUUGUAAAGCUAUGUAAAGAUGUAUGCCAUUCCAUUUGACUUA